GUUGGGGUGGCAAAUCCCUGAACAGGGGAAUGUCCUGUCCACGGCCACACAGCAAAGAGAACCCUCAGCCCGCAGCUCAGCCCAGUCUUGAGCCUUCUCUCCCCAGAUGCAUACCAGCUGCCCACUCCACCAGCUCGUGGGCUCUUUUCCAGCAUCUCCCUUCCCCCAGCCCUGGACCUCAGACAGCAGAAAGCAGCAGAAGCCACUCUCUGAGGACCACACCUCAGAGAAGAGCUGGAUUUCCCAGGUGGGAUUUGCUCUGAGGCCUCGGGCAGGGAGGCAGGCGUGAAAGCUGAUCCCCGAGAGGGCGUGGCUCCAGAAGGCUGGCGAAUAAAAGUCCGGAGAGCCAGCCCUGUCUGGAGACCAACUGAAGACCUGAGGAGCCCACUCACAAGCCACUCAGUCCCUGGGCCUUGGACGUGGCCGCUAUCUACCCGCCGUGUUUCAGAAACCCAUGGCAACCCCCCAAGUGCUGCUCCUCUGCCUGCUGGCCCUGGCAGUCACCGAAGGCUGGGGGCGGCAGGUGGCCAUCCCAGGCUGCCACUUGCACCCCUUCAACGUGACAGUGCGAAGUGACCGCCAAGGCACCUGCCAGGGCUCCCGUGUGGCACAGGCUUGUGUGGGCCACUGCGAGUCCAGCGCCUUCCCAUCCCGGCACUCUGUGCUGGUGGCCAGUGGCUAUCGACAUAACGUCACCUCUGUCUCUCAGUGCUGCACCAUCAGUGGCCUGAAGAAGGUGAAGGUGCAGCUGCAGUGUGGGGGCGACCGGAGGGAGGAGCUGGAGAUCUUCACGGCCAGGGCCUGCCAGUGUGACAUGUGUCGCCUCUCGCGCUACUAGCCCCUCCUCUCCCCUCCUCCUCCCCCUUGGUCAGAGGGUUUGAGCUGGAGUAUAUCCCGUCAUAUCCCGAGCCUCACGGAGGACACCAGCUCCAACCCUCUUAAGAUUCUGUGAUUGUCACCUCCUGGGAAGACAGGAGUUUCUGCCUCUGCCCUGCCUCUGCCUGGCCUCCUGACCAGUCUGUCAUCAUUUCACUCCCCUCUUUGUCCCUACCCCUAAAUAAAGCAAGCAAUUCUCAA